GUCCACCUAGUCGGCCCAUUUAUCGGACCGCGAGUCUGCGACUCUGACCAUCACCGGGCGCCGGUGAACUCUUUUGCUGCUCUGAACAAAAAUGGCAUCUCGCUUGCAGAUUCAGGGGGACGACUCGGUAAUCUUACGAGUCACUCACUCGAACCUCAAGUCCUUCUCUGCCGAAGUUCGCUUCUCACUUCAGAUGACGGUUGAAGCUGUUAAAGAGAAGCUGUGGAAAAAAUGCGGAACCUCGAUGAACUCGAUGCGCUUAGAGCUGUACGAUGACGCCAACAGUAAAAUCUCUGAUUUGGACGAUCAUGCUAAACCCUUCGGGUUUUACUCUCCUCUAGAUGGGUAUCGGAUACAUGUUAUAGAUCUUGAUCCGUCAUCAGUAACCUCUGGUGGCUGGUUGGAGGACACUUCACUGGUUGAAAAGUAUUCCAUUUCGGAUGAAGCCUACAUGAAACGUGAUGGCACUUUCAGGAAAUUCAAAGAAAAGUUGGCAUCUCAAAAUCCAUCAGCUUUUGAGUCCAAAAUAUCAGAAAACUAUAUGGAAGAGCUCUGUGCAAACAUCAAGGUCGGAGAUAGAUGUGAAGUUGAACCUGGGGAGAAAAGAGGGGUCGUCAAGUAUGUGGGUCAGGCAGAAUCUAUUGCACCUGGUUUUUGGGUUGGAAUUCAGUAUGAUGAACCUUUGGGAAAAAAUGAUGGCAUGGUAAAAGGAACACGUUAUUUUGAGGCCCCUCCACUUCAUGGCGCAAUGGUUAGGCCUGACAAAGUCAAGGUUGGCGACUAUCCAGAACGUGACCCCUUUGAGGAGGAUGACGAAAUAUAAAUUGUACUUUAUUGGGCAUAGAGUUAAUAUUGUUCUGUCCAUUAAGAUUUGUUACGAGUGAAGGAAGAUAUUCGUGUACACAUUAAGCGUGAGAUCUUUUCUAAGAGAAAAGUUUGAGAAGAAAAAUGCAAAAUUUGAGAAUUGUGAGAAUUAUAUGUUCAGUGAAUGCACAUGUUGCAACUUGUGUAUUGCCUGAGGCUGAUGAUAUGAGCAUUUUGACAGGCAUUGUUUUCAAACUUUCAAUUGUGUAGAAGGUAACUUCGUCUAUACAAAGACUUAACUACCUUCUCUA